CCAUGUAGUGCUUGAUGAAUGCUCUCUCGACUCACCGCGCCGAAUGACUUGCUCGACUCCUGCUGCUUGAUACUCCUCUUGUACGACUCGGCAUGCGCAAGAAAGAGUCAGCCAGCUGCCCACCAGAUUCGCCGGCACUCUUGUACGAAACACAAACGUGACCUCAGCCUUUGUGUGCUGUAACGCGUAACCCGCCAGCAUGGCUCCCGCAGCGAAGAAAGGCUCGCAGGGCAAAAGCGGCGCAAAGAACAACGCAGACAGACGCUCCGUCUCGCGCCACUCGACACCCGUAUCUGCCCUCACAGAUGCAUCGCCUCCCACCCCUCUCACCGCAACGCCCUCGACCACUACCGCCCCGAGCACCAGCAUGGCGAAAGAGACUCCAUAUCUGCGGACCUCGACGGCCGCCCUCAUCUCACAAGAACUGAGCAUAGAAGCCCAAAUAGAGAAAAGCCUUGCAUCUUCCUCGAAGCCUGGCGACCCGCCCAGUGCGCGCGAGCUCCACAAAUUGCAUCACACCAUCCGUGACACUGUAAAUCGCUUCAUGAGCAAGCGGGGCGAAGUAUGCGACCGUUCCAUGCGACAACUCGUCCAACGUCGGAAGGAGCGCAUGCAAGAGGAGCGAGAACAGGAAGCCGCGCGCGCUGCUGCAGAAAGCGCAAGAGUCAAGAGAGAGCAGGAAGCAGGCAAGAAGGGCAAAGGAACGCCGCAUAAGAAGCGCAGUCACGACGAAAUGGAGCUGGACGACGAGAGGGAGAGAAAGAUGAAGAGUGACGCUUUGCCCAGGGUUGGCGCACACGGUCUGGCUCGACAGGACGGCGUCGGCGUCUAUCAAGGCGCUGCUGCUCCACCAUCACCGCCAGUCCCGCCAGGUACCGUGCUGCCCGAUCUCAUGGAUACCGCCGACUCGCCUGCCGACUCAGACGCCACUCAGCACGACCCUCCGCAGACCGCGCCGCUCUACGAGCGCAUAUACGGUAAAGACCCCACCGCCGCCGAAGACCCGAUCAUCUACGACAUUCGCGACAUCAACCAAGCCGCCGACGAGGAAGAGAAGCGCCAAAUCCUUCAGGUAAUCCAGUGGCCCGAGAGCGAUCUGCGUCACCUCACAGCUGGCGAUCCUCCUGAUAACGACUUCAGCAACGCGAAGCCUGCUAACCAGGUGAACGUGUCUACUUUUCAAUCAUAUAUUGAGCCGUACAUUCGAGCUUUCACCGAAGAGGAUGUGGCCUUCUUGAAAGAGCGAGGGGAUCGGCAUAUGCCAUAUAUCCUUCCACAGCGAGGCGCCAAAGACUACAAGGAGGUUUGGCAAGCGGAGGAUGGAAUCACUGGGUUGGAGCCAGCCAAACGACACGUGAACAAUCCCAAUGAAGCCAGGGGCAGCAUGGAAGACAUGGAGGAUGACAUUGCGGAUCAAGAUACAAUCAGCAUGGGUCCCAUUAUGAGUCGACUAAACUCUCUCAUCCGUCCAGCUCCAAAUGGUGCUAAGAAGGACGAUGCUGAGGACGCAAAUGGCGACACAUCCAUGGUGAACGGCGACGAUGACGCUGCGACCGCUCUCACGAAUGGCAACACCGAUGAACAGAAGCCUGUGACGUGCUUGCCACCAGAUGCUCCACGACCGCCCAAUUUACCAUCACUCGAUUACGACAGUCUAGAGAAUCGAGCGCUUGCAGAGCUCAGAUUUCUCGGCAUGAUCGGACCAAACGAAAGCACCAACUUCGACGCGCGCGAAGACGACGAGGUCUCCGCUCGGCUGCGAACGCUGCAGCACGAAUUACGACGCGUCUCUCGCUUGAAUAACAUCAGGAAAGCACGGGUAUUGGAACUCACCGAAGAGCGCAUGGCGAUGCAGGAGUACGCCAAUAUCGCAGAUGAUCUGGACAACCAAGUCAACGCGGCAUAUCUUAAGCGGAACCGAAGCUUGGCGAAACCAAAUCAGAAGAAAGGCGGCGGUCACAGUUCAAGACCUGGACAGAAAGGCGUGGCUUCAGCGCCUGCCGGCAGAGGCGUAUCCGAUGGUGUUCGCGCUCUUAUGCAGAAGCGAAGAGAUUGGAUUGAGAUGGUUGGGCCGGUUGUCAGUCAUGGAAGACCUCCGAUUCUUGGUGAUCAGGAGACGAUCUUCGAUGAAGCGAGUCUGAAGAAAUUCGAGAGGUUGGAGAAAGAUGCGGAAUUGGGCGAAGUGGAGGGAGAGUAGAGUUCUCGCCCUGCGUCUGGUGGCAUAUCGCCGCUUACUCGUCUUACGAGUUAGGGCGGCCUUGAAUAGGCAAACCGAGGCUGGCUCCGAUUCAUAAACAGAGCUGUGAGUUUUGCUUCUUGAAACAACAUGAACGCAGACAAGGACUAGUGGUAGAGGCAGGCACAGCACGCACCUUCCACCAUCGCAUUUUUAACCGAUGUGCCUGCUUACUGCUCCUUUCGAUGGAGAUCAGAGAGGUAGAGCGUGGAAGGUGCAUAUGUAGCGGAAGAAGUCACCACGAAGAGCGUGGGAAGGAGGUAGAAGACACGCCCAUACAUUUCUUAAUCGCCUU